AUGUUAGAGAAUCAAUUAUUUCUAUAUGUAUUCAAGAAUGAAUAUCUUUCAAGGAGGAUAUUUCAACUUGUCAAUGUUGUCAAUAAUAUUAGCGUGGUUUCAUCAUCGUCGUAUCAACAUCACGACGAUGUGAUAGUAAGACAUAGUGGUAGCAGAGACAAUAACAAUCGAAGCUACAAACUACGUGAAAUGAACACAGAUACCAUUUUCAGUAUUGGUUCAAUCAGAUUGUACAUGUAUCUAUUGUCACUACCAAAACAAGCAAGAGCAACCAUAAGAAAGGAUGGCAGUGUAUUCAAGACUACGCUGAGUGUCAAGUUACUUAAAAAGUUCUUUGGUGCGUGUCGCCUGUACGAUGACUAUCUCAAGGUCUAUAAACGCUACAAACACGUCUUUGUCGUGGCACUCAAACAAUCAUACCCCGACGAUGAAUAUUACAAUGGUGGCGUAUUCGACUCUGCUGCAAAGACUGGCAACGUUGACAUUUUGAAACACUUGCAUGCACAAGGAUUCAAACCACAUCCAAUGAUGUGUUGUCUCAGAAAUGCAAUAGAUUUUGGUAAAACAGUCGAGGCCGUUCGGUACCUGGCAGGUAGUGAUAUAGGCGCACGAGUCACCAAGGAUAUCUUGUUGAAAGCAAUCAAAGAUGUAGAGAUUUUCAAAGAGUUAGAGAAACAUGUCAGCCAUGAGGAGUUUCAAAACUACCGAAACGAUCUCAUCAAUGUAUCAGUAUCGACUAAUCUCGAGACUUUUAAAUACCUUCAAAGGUUCGAGGAUAUUGUCAGGCUCUUGGUCGAACAUGCAUCCAUCAACAAUGAACAUAUUAUUGGCUCUGGUAUGAGACUGGCCGUAUUCAAUGGUCACAUUGAAAUCGUCAAAUACCUCUACAAAUACCAAAAGGAUCACAAGUAUGAACACAAUAUCGACAAUAGCAAGUGGGAUAGUCUUAUUGUUGGAGCGUCACAAAACAAUCACUUUGACAUUGUCCGUUUCUUUUUCACAGAGUCCAAGCCACGUCAAUUUAAUCAUUUCAUCUUAAAUUGGGCCAUUGUCAAUGGAAACCAUGAAUUUGCCUAUGAAAUGAUUCACAAAUAUUCGUCACUCAUCGAUCAUUCAAAUCAACAGGCAGGAUACCUACUUCCAUUGUCUAGUGCUGCGUGUUCUGGAAACAUUGACCUACUGACACUGCUCAUGGACGUUGGGUACGUCCUCCAAAAGGACAUGCUCAAUGAAGGUGUUCGAACCAAUCAUCUCCACAUUGUAGAGUAUCUUUACGAAAAGUUUGGACUCGAGCUAACAUUGCAAUCACUCGAGACUGCAAUCACGAGCAAUUCGAUUCAAGUCAUCAAAUACAUUCAAGGUCAAAACCCAUCACUUGUCAAUUCAAUAUCACCAGAUACCAUGGUGACUGCUCUAAAGUCAAAUUACAUUGAAACCGUAGAAUGGCUAUUCCAAACAAUAUCUCCAAUCGAUCCAUCUCAGCACUUGGUCAUUGUCAAUUGUCUGUACACAUGUCACCCAAAGAUUAUUGAGUUUGUACUAGAUACAGUCAAACGAGAUGGGUUUAUAUGUACUUUAGAACCUUUCCAGAGUUUGCUUGAAAAGGCAAUACGAAACGACAAUGUAGCUGCCAUUAAAACCAUUUCUCAAUGGAUGGAUAAGAAUUGUUUAUCAGUUAAAAAGAGUAUAGGUGGAUUAUUGUUAGCUCGAGAAUUUCCCUUUUGUGAUUUGGAAAUGAUCAGAACUCUGUGGAAGGAACGUUUAUUUACCAUCUAUGAACUUGCCAAAAUCACUCCUUUGGAUCAAAGAAAAAUAGCUGACGAACCCCAUCCAAACCGUAAUGUCAUGGUUGUCGAAUUCAUCUAUUCACUCUUGCACACAAACUGUAUUGGUUAUUCAAAAUUGGCCAGUCUAACCUAUGCAAUUUACAAAGGUUUUGAUAAGAAUUUUCCAUGUAAUCCAAGAAAAUAA